GCUCCCUCUCGCCUCUUUAGCUCUUAGCGCCCUCUUGGACAGAUCCAUGUUCGACCUUGUUGCUCCGCAAGGCGCUGCUCCGAGUUUGCGAGCUUCUAGAAAGCACUGAAAAUAAUAUCAUGGCGAUCAAAAUGACGGGAAUUUAUCGGAUUUGUGUUGUUUAAAUACGUAAGAAUUGAUAAUCGCUUGUGUUGUUGUCAGUUUGGAACUUGUUAAAAACUUGGAAAUUUCAAGUUUGGUGCGUAGCGCCGUAUUGUUUGUGAGACGAGAACUGACAAGGGAAAUGAGAUUAAACCCGCGGUAGUUGUCUUCUUUUCAGCUCAUUCAUCUGAUGGGUAAGUUUCCAUUCAUCUGAUGUACAGGGAUGGGGACCUAGCGAAUACUGGUGCAGACAAUUAGCAGAUUGGGAUGGCUGAAUUCUUUCACAACAAUGAAGGCGUGGAGCGGGACCGGCUGCGCGAGCGCGACCGCCUGGCCCGCGCGCAGAUGUCGUCCCAAGCCCAGGCAGACCGCGAGGCCGAGGCUGCCGGCGCGCCGCUCUUCGGAGCACCCGUCCGGGUGAACCCCUCAUCGGCGGACCGGGUGACGCAGCAGAUCCGCGACACGCUCGGCAACUACAACGUCGUCAAGCACCACCUGAUGCAGGAGCCGCUGCGCCUCUUCGGCAUCGACGGCAACGGCCCUCCCACACCCGGCGGUCCUGGCCAGGCGGCCGCCGCCGCUGCCGCCGCUGCUGCGGCAGCGGCGGGGGCGACCGCAGGGACGGCGUCGGGGGCGGCGGGCAGCAGCGCCGCCCCCGGCCCCCCAGAGUUCAAGCGGCCCGCCCCCGGCUCCAGCAACCACCACAGAGCCCACCACCCGCCGCCGCCCGCGCACCGCGGCGGCUUCCUCAAGCCCGCCGACGGCAAGCCCAACUACUCUGGCCGCGGCCAGUACCCGGGCCAGGCCGUCAAGCACGGCGGCGCCGACCACCGCGCCAACGGCAUCGUGCCCAACAAGGGCCCUCCCCCGGGCAGGCAGCCGCACCACCGGCCGUCCCUGCAGAUCGACAGCACUUCGGACAACUGCGCCGACGUGGAGAACAUCCUGAAGGAGAUGAAGUCGGGCCUGGUGACGCCGCUGACCGCCAUCGCCGCCACCCCGCGGAAGGAGUGCGUCGACCCCAAGUUCACCUUCGACACGGCGCACGCGCACGCGCCCCUGGCCGGGCCUAGGUCCAACCCCUACUCCACCGUGCCGCUGCAGGCCCCCAAGGUGAGUGUGAGGCUGUCGUGCUGACAGGUCGUGGUGCUGCC